AUGUCUCAAAUCAUCUUCGAAGAUCUUCAUCUAGUUCCCAAAUAUGCGAAGGCCCAUGGAAUUGUCAUGAGCCUCGCUUUCACCGUUAUGAUGCCCCUGGGUGUCUUGGCAAUUCGUUUUCUCCGUGUCAAAGGGACUAUCUGGAUGCAUGUUGUAUGGCAAAUGCUCAGCUGGAUCUUGCUGCUUGCGGGGUUGGCGACUGGCAUUCGUGUUGGGAAGAUUCUUGAUCGACUGCACAACAAUGCCCACACAAUCCUCGGCACCAUCGUCGUCGUCCUCUUACUAUUCCAACCCUUCAUCGGAUUAAUUCAUCAUUUCCGGUUCCGUAAAACCCAGAAGUCUGGAAAAUGGACCCGCCUGCAUGUUUGGUACGGGCGUGUCUUGAUUCUUCUAGGUAUCAUCAAUGGCGGGCUUGGGCUGGAACUUGCUGCAAACACUACCGGUGGUGAAAUCGCCUACGGCGUGGUAGGGGGUGUUUUUGGGGUGGUUCUUCUAUUGGUUGCUGUCUUGGUGGAAGCGAAGAAGCUGCCUUUGUCCAAAGAGAAUACUGAGCCGCAGGUGGAGGAGAGGGGGUUAUAG